ACGUGACCACUGACUCCUUCACCUACUGCGCGCUGGGUAGGACAGAAUAUCAUGGCUUUCUUUACGCACCAUGUCCUCAGGACUCUGAGCUCUGCUGCCCGAAAUGCAGCGAUCAAGCAUGUUACUGUAAUCGGGGGAGGCUUGAUGGGGUCUGGCAUCGCGCAGGUGGUGGCAGUAACAGGGCAUUCGGUUGUGCUGGUGGACACGUCCGAGGACAUCCUGAAGAACUCCACCAGGGCCAUCGAGGGCAGCCUGAAGAGAGUGGUGAAGAAGAAGUUUGCAGACAAACCUGAGGCUGGGGAGGAGUUUGUUCAGAAGGUGCUGAAGAACAUUUCUACGAGUACAGAUGCCGCCUCAGUGGUUAAAAACACAGACCUGGUGGUGGAGGCCAUUGUCGAGAACCUCAAGAUUAAACAGGACCUGUUCUCUACACUGGACAAAGUGGCUCCAGAAAACACCAUCUUUGCCAGCAACACGUCCUCGCUGCCCAUUGCAGACAUCGCCAGGGCCACAGCAAGGGUUGACCGCUUUGGGGGUCUCCAUUUCUUCAACCCUGUGCCCAUGAUGAAGCUGGUAGAGGUGAUUAAGGCGCCAGCGACGAGCCAACAGACGUUCGCUGCUCUCCUUGAGUUCAGCAGGGUACUAGGAAAACACCCCGUGUCAUGCAAAGACACUCCAGGCUUCAUUGUGAAUCGGUUGCUUGUGCCGUACCUGAUGGAGGCUAUCCGGCUGCACGAGCGAGGUCACGGUUCAAAAGAGGACAUCGAUGUGGCCAUGAAGCUCGGGGCUGGCUAUCCCAUGGGACCGUUUGAGCUGCUGGACUAUGUCGGAUUGGACACAUGCAAAUUCAUCAUUGAUGGUUGGCAUGAGGUGGAGCCUGAGAACCCCCUGUUUGCACCAAGCCCCCUGCUCAACAAGCUCGUGGCAGAGAGCAAGUUGGGCAAGAAAACUGGAGAGGGCUUCUAUAAGCACAAUUAACUGGAGCAAGGGUGAACCUGACCUUUGACCCUUCCACUUCUCGGUCAGGGCACAAGGGUCACACGCCCCUGUAGGGGGAACUUGGAGAAGGCUGAAAGUGGAGGAUGGAAACGGAAUGAUCAUUGAACCUGAGUUGCGCAACACUAAAAACCCAAAAAACAGUGCCUUUCAGUUGUGACCUUUAGGUAACAGAACGUCAUCUGAUGGUAUGACCUUAAUAGUUAGACUGUUUUGAAUGUCUGAAGAACAUCUGUGGUGAAGAAUUUGAAAAGAAUAAUAAAAAUAUAACAUAUUUUGAAAUGCUC